UGAUUGUAUCUAGCGCGAAAAUAACAUAACCUAUAAAAAUAUCUCCCGCGAUUUUUAGGUGUUGCCCGCCACAAUUACGUCUUUUUAGCGCGAGAAACGCGCAUUUUUUAUUUAUACAAGUGCUGUGUGCGUGAGUUCCGGGCGAGCAAAUCAAUUUCCGGAAUGGUACCUCACGAUAAAGAAUCGGAACUCUCGUUCGAUUUCCAAGUACUCAAAGAAAAAUUGAACUUGGAGCAGAAGGUCGCCGAUCAAGCUUGGGAAAGUUAUCAACAAAUUCGUUCUCGUAUCAGCUUAGAGGGUGAUCAGGCGAAUUGGUUGGGUUGUGCUAUAUUUGUAGCUUGUCGCAAUACAAAAAUCCCACAAGAACAUUGUGUUAGUUUAACAAGUUUACUUCGUUAUAGUAACUUAAGUUUGGUACAAUUCUUCGAUAAGAUUAAAAAGUGGGCGGAAAUGACGAAAUUGAACGAAGAUUUUCGACAGAAGAUUGCUUUAUUAGAAUCCAAAGUGAAUAUUACUUUUAACACGUUCCAUUCGCAGUACGCAUCAGGUUUUAUUAAAAUUUUUAAUGUACCCGUUGAAACGGAAAGUAGACAUAAUAGGAAUCGAAAACAGAGUUUAAUGAAUUCCAGGUCCGCUUUGUGCUCAACAAAGCGUGUAUUUGAAUUUUGUUGGUUAAUGUUUAUCACCGCAAAAAGCGAAAAUAAAACGUUCGAUCAAAGUUUGGUAAAUUCAUACCAAUUGUUGUACGCUUUAUUCGACUUAAUCUUUUCUAACGCUUUUUUGGAUGAAAGAAGAGAUUUAUUCAACCCAAAUUUUCCUGGUUUACCUCCAAAUUGGAUUGAUACAGAAUACAACCUUUUCCAUACAGAACCUCCAUCUAUAAUCGAAAUUUUAUAUGAACACAAAGAAGAUUUAACCGACGUUCAAUAUUGCAAAGAGUACACGUUAAAAUCGAUUAUUAAAGGUUGGAUUGAUAGAAAAGUUUUAGCGGUUAGUGGGGAACAUUUAACUUUGUUACAUUCUUCCGUUUUUGAUUUUAACUACAGCAGUUUAACUAAAGUUUACGAAAGCUUUUUAUCAAAUAAUGGUGAUUUCGAUGAACGUAUAUUUUUAAAGGAAUAUUUUAGACAAAAAACUGUUAUGGAAACUUCAACAGCCGAACAUGUUUCUACUCCUAUUUCUGAAUCAAAAACAGUUUGUAAAUCAUUUACAACGCCGUUAACAUGUCGACAAUAUCUUCAACAGGAACAAAUUUCGGAUAAUGUAACCUCAGUUUCACAGAAUAUAGCAAGGCUUAAAAAUAUUUUGGUUGGCAGGGGAACCUCUCCUAGUAAAGAUUUAAUUAAUAUUUUCAAAUCAUUAAAUCGAGAUCCAACAGAUAUAGUUAAUAAUCGAAUUUUAGAACUUCAAACUAAAUACAUAACGCAAUGUAAAGAAGAGAUUGGCUCGAAUACUUCUUCAACAGAAGAAAUAAAAAAUUUAAACGUUCGUUCCAAUUUAAUUGUGACUUUAGCAUACAAGUUACUUGAAGAUAUUUUAAAACCAGAAAGAAAAAACAAUGUUAAUGUCGGGCCUUUAAUAGAACGAUUGGAAUUUAUAUCAAGCAUAUUUAUAUGUAGCGUGGAAAUCGUGGAAUUUUCUUUUAAUAAUUACAACGAUAAAUUCCCAAGGAAAUUUCCAUGGAGUUUAAAAGUUUUUAAUGUUCCUGCUUUUCAAAUGAUUAAAAUUAUCGAAAUUACAAUCAGAGCAACAAGUGGACAAUUGACGAGAAAUGUUAUUAAACAUCUUAUGCUUAUUGAAGAAACAUCAUUAGAAUCAUUAAUGUGGAAACAUGACAGUGAAUUAUGGAAAGAAAUCGAUAAAGAAAAUAAUGUUAUCCCAAAAUUCGAAGAUGUAGCACUUCCGCAUCAAAUCAAUCGGGUUUUUAAUAUUAGUUGCAAUGAGAAGAAAGAAAAUAAUCCUGGGUUAAUGUCUCCUGUUCCAUCUGCAAUGGAAACGUUUCAAUCACCAAAUAGUUCUAUUGAUUUAGCUAAAAAGAAUACGUUUCCUGAUAUUAAACCGGGACAAUCUUUAUUACAAAAUAAUCAUUCAACUCAAAUUAUUGUUGGAUCAGAAGGAACAAAAAAAGUUUUACAACUUCUUGACGCAAAAAGUGGUGAAUUAAUGGUUGAGUUAUCAUCGAAAACGCCAGAAAUUAAACCAAAAAAAGGUGGAACUUUAGGAAUAAUAUUAAGAAAAUUCUAUAAUUUAGCGGGAGUCCGAAUGUUUGAAAUAUGCAAAUCAUUAAACAUAACCGAUUUCCAACAAAAAAUUUGGACAGUCCUAGAAUAUUCAGUGCGAGAAACCGAUUUAAUGAAAGAUCGGCAUUUAGAUCAAUUAUUAAUGUGUGCCGUUUACGUUGUUUGUAAAUUGUCACAACGUCCCGUACAAUUCGCCGAUAAUAUAAUGAAAGCGUACAGGGCUCAACCUCAAGCAACAUCGGACGUUUAUCGAAAAGUAAACGGAGAACAAAUAAACGGUGUUUAUCAAGAAUUGAAUUUAAUUGAAUUUUAUAACACCGUUUAUACGGACAAAGUUAAAGAUUUCGCUUUAAAAUUUAAAAUGACUGAUAAACCUCAGCCCAUUCAUCGUGUUCAUUUAAGUCCUUUACCGAGUGAGAAAGUAUUAAGAGCUUCACCAAGAACAGAAAUUUUAAGAAAUGUAUUUUUAAAACCAUACGAAAGUCCAACAGGUUUAAUUAAUAAUGAACAUACAAUGAAUUAUUGUUUUAAUCGAAGUACAUCAGCGGAAUUAAAAGAAAUCAAUGCAACUGUAAACUCAGCAAAAAGACAAUUACCCGAAGAGUUUGAUUUAAAUCGUCGAAACAAUCAAAAACAAUCAAAAAUAGCAGCAUUAUGUGAAGAACGAAAAGUACAACGGAAAGAAAUAAAGACAACCGAACCUAAAACGCCGCCCGAGCCUGAAGUUAAUUUUACUUUGUAGAAAUAGGAAUAGAAAUAGUUUUUUUAAAACAAGACACAUACUUGUAUAUUAAUUGUGUUAAUUAUUUAAAUAUUGUAUUUUAUAAAAAAAACCUAGAGUGUGGAAAACCUUUUCUUCUGUUUAGCCGACCUCUACUGAUAAUUUAGGUUAGUUAAGAUUAGAAAUCGUGAUUUAUUUCUCUUUAUUAAUCUACAUUCUACCGUCAUUAAUCGAGAACUAUAAAUGUGUAUUGCGUCAACGCGUGCAAUAAUUUAUGUAUGAGAACAGUCUCAUAAUAAUCCUACAUAAUCUCAAUAUGAUUUUUUGAGAGUAUUUCAGACAAGUUUUGACGCAUAUAUUUUUCUUAUUUGGUGAUCUAGUUUUUAUAUGGUUUCGUUUAUAUAGCUUUUUAAUGUACAAAUAUAUAGGAGUUUUCAAAAUAA